GCAACCAGGAAAAAGCAUGUUAUCCUGAUGUCUGUGAGCACCAGUCUGAGACGCGCGGAUGCUCCAGCAUGCCUCCAGAAGCAGAGAAAGAACAAAAGCACUGGAAUAGGUCUCCGGUUGCCUCUAGGCUCAGAGAAGCGAGGCCUUCCCACAGGAUCUCAAGUGUACUGUUAGCUGCAGAUACCUGCUCAGCUGGCUAAGUCUUUAACAUGGAAAGAAGGCUCAUAAAGAAGGAAAUGAAAAAGCUCUUCGGAGAUUAUAUUGGCAUCAGACUUCAGGAAAAUGAAUUUGACCCAAAAGGAAGAAGGGAACUUACCUUUCUAGAUCAUAUGGCACACUAUGACUUGGCCAUCAGUGUUGCUUUGCAAUGGCUGCAUCCCUCAGAAGACUUAACUUGGUUGGAGUGGGAGGAACUGAAAAUGCCAUUUCGUGGCAGACCCAUGUAUCCCAAUCGUAGAGAACGAGAAGCUAUGAUUUUAUCAUCUUAUGCUGGAAUCUUAAUGAACAGUAUCCCGAUUGAGGAAGUCUUUAGAAUUUAUGGGGCUGAUUCUUCUGCCAGUUCUGGUACCAUCAAGGUUCCCCGAGUUUCAUCUCUCCGUCUCUCCUUGCACCCCUUUGCCAUGUUAACAGCACCCAAAGCAGCAGAAUAUGCCCGCAAACAGAGUGUCAAGUCAAGAAAGGGAACAACAAAUAAAAAUGCCACCAGCAGCUCUACAAAGGAAGCAAAUGCCACGGAAUGGAAAUCAUCACAAAGGUUUUCAGACACACAGCCAAAGAACAAAGUCACUUAGAAAAUUGGAAUUGUACCAUGGAACUUCAUAAUAGAUUCUCUGGGAGCAGAUGAGAAGCAUCAUCUUAAAACCACAGCUUUUGCCAGUACAUUUUUCUUUACAACUAGUUUUUGAUAUAACUGCAUUGAAGUGUUAUUUUUGAUGUUGAGCUUUCUUCUUUUAGAAGCAUAUUACAUGGCUACAUUUUGUUAAAAAAAAAAAGUAUGAUCUUAUGCUACUUCAUUGUGACUGGCAGACUGCUGGAGAAUUCAGAGAGUAUAUAGUAUUUCUGUAUUAGAGCAAGCUGGCUUUGUAGCAUAUUUUACAAAUGUGUGGCAUUAAAUAUUGCACAGAGAUGGAGUAGGAGGCAAAUUUUCAAAGAGUUAAUCCAAAAUAAAAUUAAUCUGUCAUUGAUUGCCUUUACUGUGUUCUCAUAUGAAAAAAUUUUUAAAACUCAUUUCAAUAAAGCAUUAAAA